AUGACGUCUUUGGCCACCGGGCGCACCCUUCGGCUGCUGUUCGCAUUCAUUGGCAUAGCCAUCGGAGUCGAAUUUCUCGUUCUCUUCGACUGGGCUUACAUCGAAUCUCUACCGAGCGAUAUCCUAGGGAAACAAGCCUUCCAUCCUAAGCCAUUCGUCAUACUGAAGACCGGAUCAGCAGACGACAAAUCACGAACGGAUGCUCAACUCUCAACAGUCAUUAAGUGCAUCUCCAAUGUCUUAAUCGUGUCAGAUGGCAAUCAUACCUACGGUCGCGACCAUCGAACUAUCGACGUUCUCGCAGACCUGCCACCGAACACGUACCUGACACCAGAGGACUACGUUGUUUACGAGACACAAAAGAACGCAAGUCGCCAGGGCACGAAGCUACAGCAGGGUCAUGAAGGGUGGAGAAUUGACAAGUACAAGUUCUUACCGGAAGUGGAAAAGGCGAUUGAUCACAACAAGGCGGCUGAGUGGUACGUCUUCCUUGAGAGCGACACAUACAUCUUCUGGGACAAUGUCUUCCGUCUUUUGGAGGACUACAUUACCUCGCUGCCUUGA